AUGCAAGCUGAAUUAACAUUAAUCCGACAGGAUAUUCAUGCACAUCCCGAAAUGGGUAUGGAAGAAGUACGAACAUCGGCUUUAGUAGCUGCUAAAUUGAAACAAUGGAGUGUAGAAGUUACUGAAGGUGUAGGUCGAUUUGGUGUUGUUGGAACACUGAAAAGUUUACGACCAGGUAAUCGUGCCAUUGGUCUUCGUGCUGAUAUGGACGCUCUUCAACUCAUCGAAAAAACUGGUGUUCCUUACACCUCGACAAAAUCUGGCACUAUGCAUGCGUGCGGUCAUGAUGGACAUACUACAAUGUUACUCGGCGCUGCCAAAUAUCUGGCUGAACAUCAAGAUUCAUUUUGUGGAACUGUUCACUUUAUCUUUCAGCCAGCUGAAGAAAAGUUAGAAGGUGCCAUUGCAAUGAUUAAUGAUAAGCUAUUCGAUCGAUUUCUAAUGAAUGCUAUUUAUGGAUUACACAAUUACGCAGAUCCACUUGGAAAAUUUACUAUACGACCUGGUCCCAUGUUGGCAGCAUCUGAUGAUUGGUAUGUAACAUUUCGAGGUACAGGUGGUCAUGGAGGAGCAGGACCACAUCUAGCGACUGAUGUAACAAUAUUGCAAGCACAAUUCCUUUUAUCAUUACAAACUAUAGUAAGUCGUAAUGUUAGCGCACUCGAUUCAGCUGUAAUUAGUGUUGGUGCCAUUGAAAGUGGUUCUUUUGGAUCAGUUAAUGUUAUGCCAGACAAAAUAUGUAUCGGUGGUACAGCACGAAGUCUUACAGAAUCUGUUCGUAAUACUAUUGAAAGACGAAUAAAUGAGUUGGCCAAUGGUCUAGCUAGCAGUUUUGGUUGUACUGCUGAAGUAGAAUAUGUUCGUCAGGGCACCGCUCUAGUCAAUCACGAAGAACAAACAAAACGAGCUAUUAAAGCCGCUGAAGCUGUAGUCGGGAAAGCAAAUGUCGAUGGAAACAGAGUACCUAGUAUGGGUGGUGAAGAUUUUGCCUUGAUGCUUUUAGAACGGCCUGGUGCCUUUAUGUUUAUGGGUAUAAGUGACGAAACAAUGACUCGAAAAUUACAUUCGCCUACAUACGAUUUCAACGACGAAGCAAUCCCAUUAGGUGUAGCCUACUGGAUCAAUUUGGUUCAACAAGAACUCAAUAAUUAA